AUGGCUACCACUCCACCACCCCCUUCGCUCGAAACACUGCGUCCUCCUCCUACUCCCAAACAUGGAGCAGGCUACCACUCCUACGAUCCAUAUCCUACUCGUCAAUCAGCCAGACUGGCCAGUCAAAGGGCCGCUCGGGACUCACAUACUACACCACCACCCAGCUCUCCGAAGCAAGCCCGGUCAGGUCUGACCAGCACGCGAAAACAAAGUCUAAGCGACACCGGCACACUGUCACCGCCGGGGUCCCCUACCAGCUCUCCCCGGAAAAAGUCCUCUGGCCAGGGAAGGGGACCACUGCCCACGCUAGCAGUGAAUGACAACCCAGCCCUGCAUAUGUCCAAUCUCUCUGAGACUUCACAGAACUCCUCACACAAACCAUCUUCCCGCUCCACAACAAUCACGAGAACUGCCGGUAUGCUUCCAACACCGGCAAAAACUCCACGGAAGAAGGCUGUUGAGGACCCCAGCACCACUGCACGAAAUCUCUUCCCUAACGCGUCCAUGUCGCGUGCAAAGAAGGGCAAAAAGUACACUGGCUUCUCUCUUGAAAGCUUUCAUGAGAACCCCAGUGAGAAUCAUGAGAAGAUCGAGAUCUUCACUGAUUCCCGCGAUCGCAUUCCCAAGCUUGACAAAAGUGAGGAGAAUCCUUUCUACAAGAAGCCUGAGGACAAGCACGUUUCUCUGAACACUGGUUCGCACACCUCUAAGCGACGCAAGGUGGAAGAGGUGAAAGAGGUGAAACGCUCCGAAGAGGUGGAGGAUGCUCUGAAACGUGAAGAUGGAAUGCUUUAUGUCUUCCGCGGCAAGAAGAUAUUCCGCAAGUUCCAAGACGACGAGGAUGAGGAUAGCGACGGGGAUGACCUGGGUCUCUUUGCUGCUCGCCCCGACCUGCUCGAUGACUCGGUCAACACCCGUGUUCGUCCGUUGACCCGCUCAUCAAUUAAGCCCCGUGUGCUUUUCCCGACUGCCCAGAAAUCACAGUCUGGUGGUGCCUCUUCUGCCACCGCGGAUGAAGAGGCGGCCACUGAUAUCGAGGACCUUGCUGAUGCGGAUGAGAACGAGAACGAGAAUGAAAACGAAGAACCCAAUCACAUGACCGAUGUCAACAUGGACCAGCCACAGGUUACUCCUCCCGCCAAGUCGACGGUCACGACGCCUGCUUCUCCAGGGGCCACCGGCCGAACCCUUCGUCCUCGCCCUGGGCGUCCGACCUCGAAUCAGAAUGACACACCGUCAGUUCUCGAGCCCAAGAAAGAAAAGCGCAUCAGUCCAUUUGAUGGUUGGCUGAGGAAGAAACAGACGCCAUCUCCUCCAGGAGUAGAAUUCAGUAUACCCAAGAAACGGGAUGCCGAUCCAACUCCCAGCAUGUCAGGUCCUGUCACGAAGAAGACCAAGGGCAACUAG